UCCCAUAUCACACAAGGAGGCAAUCUGUGCUCUCUGUUUGAAUUUGGUGGUAAUCGGAGGCCCAGUGGGGCGAAGAGCGCCACCAGCGUGUUGUUGUUGAAUAAAAAAAAAAACAGAAAUCGUGCAAAUGCAUCUCUGAAUUGUGCUUUCAACCUGACCCCCGUGGAUGUGGUUUCAUCACACGAUGAUGACGAGGAUUUGGUCGUAUUUCGUGCCGUGGAAGAGGGGCAAGCGUUAAGAUGGAGUGGUUUUAAUUGCAUGCGAUGAACAGACAUUUCACUGUCGACGGAAUUGCACGCGACGUUGAUGAUACGUGGGCUUUCACCGUCGCUCCUUCACGCUUUUAUUUUCCUCCCCGAAGUGGAUCCGUCUAGCACGACACUGCUGAGAUGAACCCGGUGAAUGCGACCACUCUCUACGUGUCAGCUUGUCGGUCGGUGCUGCAGUGCGAUCCCCGGGACCCCCAGGCUUUGGCGGAAAUCUAUAAGCUCUUGCCCUUUUUCAGACAGUCUCUCGCCUGCCUUGUGUGUGGCAAUUUGCUACAAGAUCCAAUCGCUCCUACCAACUCAUCGUGCCAGCACUAUGUCUGUAAAUCAUGUAAAGGCAAAAAGAUGAUGAUGAAACCGUCGUGCAGCUGGUGUAAAGACUAUGAGCAGUUUGAAGAGAAUAAGCAGUUGUGCAUCUUGGUGGAUUGCUACAAAAAACUCUGCGAGUACAUCGCAGAUUCUCCUCUCGCUCAACACAUUUCAAGUACUGUGGAAGGGUCUUCAGACAUCUUGUCCCUGUUGAAUGAGGGACUGGAGGGCCUUGGGGAGGAGUCACUCUCCCUGAGUCUGACAAACCAAUCACCAACACCUUCAACCUCUGAAACGCUCCCUGAUGAGGGCCAGUCCCCUUCCACAGAGAUCAAGGAGCAAGGCCUCAGCCCUCUUGGGGUGAAUGGUCUACAGGAUUGCAAUGGCUUGACCAAUGUAGAGGAAUUGACUGCCAGCUUACCUUCUCUAGAGGCCAGUGUCCCAGACUCGGUGGAGAGUAGCGGGGGUGAUGAAGUGAAGCAAGAGAGUUUCACCAAUGAAAUCCCUGUUUGCGAGGCAGUGGCAGCAGCUGGCGAGGAGCUUUGUACCAGCACCAUGGACAUUUGUGGCUUCAGCGAGGAUAUUAAACACGAUGGCGGGACUCUCCUCUUGAGUGUAGAGGAAGUGCUCAGGACUCUAGAACCAGAUCAUGUUUCCCAGGAUGAGUGUCCUGCUAUUUUGCAAUCAACUCUUGAAUCUUCGGGAAACUUAAAUGGACCAUUUUCCUCGGUUGACUCUAGCCGGCAACUCUCCUCACUUCCACAGGACUCGCAUGAAAUCCUCGUGCCCCAACAUCCGGUGUCCCAGCAGAAUCAGCAACAUUUAGGAAUAUCCUGUUCUGCAGUGACGCCGCGAAUACCACGGUCCAAUCGGAAGCGCUCGCGGUCAGAAAGCGAUAGUGAGAAGAUCCAACCCUUGCCCAUUUCCACCUUCAUCUGUGGUCCUACAUUGGGAGCCUCCGCUCCGGUUCAGAUCAAGUGUGAGCCAAAAUCUCCUGCACAGACUAUCCCGCACAUGGCAGUGGUGCCCAAUGGUGGUGGCCUUCCAAAGGUGGGCAAGACAUUACUAGUGCCUGCCAAACCUGUCAAAAAGACCCUAGACCACCAUGGACCCAAGAAGGCGUACACUAAAUCCAAACAAGGCACUCCAAAAUCCAAGGAGAAGAUGAAAGACAGGAUUCUGACUAGCGCCCUCAUUCCCGGCAGCCCCACCAAAGUGGUGUACAAAAAGGCGCAGGAGAAAAAGGGCUGCAAGUGCGGCAGAGCAACUCAAAACCCAAGUGUUCUUACAUGCCGUGGACAGCGAUGCCCCUGUUAUUCCAACCGCAAAGCCUGUCUGGACUGCAUAUGCAGGGGCUGCCAGAACUCCUACAUGGCCAACGGCGAAAAAAAGCUGGAGGCCUUCGCGGUGCCAGAAAAGGCACUCGAGCAGACAAGACUAACUCUAGGCAUAAACGUCACCAGCAUCGCAGUGCGUAACGCCACCGGCAGCGGCGCCGGCGGGAUGCUGAACGUCUCCACCGCGGCUGGUUCACCUGUGGCCUCUUUCUUGGCUACGGGACCACACGAAGACAAAGGAUUCGAUGAACCAUUGGACAUGAGGUUUGACUGAGUCUCAGAUGAUUCUCCUUUAACAUCGCCCUGUUUUCCAGACUGGCUUGCUUUCAGUGUGGUGGCACUGUAGUGAGGGGCCGAUGCCAGCAGAGUCAGCUAUCGAUAAGGCAGCUACUGUGAUUCUGUUCCAGUUCACAUUAUCAAUUAUACAAGCUAUUGCUGAAGCUCGUGCCUUUCAAUCAUUUGUAAUGUUUUCGGUUUACACGCACACCUUUAGGAGGAGACGAGUUUCUUUAGGUAAAGGGGUUAUGUUGAUUUUCAAGUGAUCUAUAAGGCACGAUCUUUAGCAAGAUAUACCUGACCUCAUUGUUGCGGGUCACGCUAUGUGCAUAUGUGGAAGAUUUUCAGUUUGUAGGCUAGCGGACGAGACCUGUUAAACGAAUGGUACCCUACAGCAUCAGUAGAGACUGGUUGUAUUUAUAAAACCGUUUUUGUACACAGACUUAAUGAAUUCGAUUUAAACAAACAAACAAAAAAAACAAAGUACAUUUUAUGAUAUAUUUUGUAAGUUACAUUAACAACAUUUGCAGUAUUUAUUGGAUAUCACUUAACAUAGAUUACGGUCCACCGAGGGCAUCAGCUGGAUACCAUUUCUACAGAUGCAAGUCACACAGAUGCAGUAUGUACGGUUUUUCUGUCUAAAUUAUGUUGUUGUCCUGAUUGUGCUAGUUUUUUGCUGUCUCAAACUGUUAUUUUUUUCCCUUGGGGCAUUUAAAUACCUGUAAUAUAAAUGUAACAUAUUUCCACAAAAAAGAAAAAUCCUAACACGA